AUGACUUCUCAGGGAAAAAAUCGCUCCUUUGUCCUGCGUGCUGUUAAGGAUGUAGUGCUUGAAGAUCGGCCCAUUCCAGUGCUUAAGGACCCUUGGGACGUCCGUGUACACAUCGCGCAGACCGGAAUCUGUGGAAGUGACGUUCACUACUGGCAGAGAGGGCGGAUCGGAGAUUUCAUCCUGAAAUCUCCUAUUGUUCUUGGCCACGAAAGCUCCGGUACUGUUGUUGAAAUUGGUUCGGCCGUGAAGAAUGUCAAGGUAGGGGAUCGAGUCGCCAUAGAGCCUGGAGUGCCAUGCAGACACUGCGACUUCUGCCGCAGUGGCUCCUACAACCUCUGCCCUGACACCGUGUUCGCAGCAACUCCUCCACACGACGGCACGCUCUCAAAAUACUACAAUACCCAGGCGGACUACUGCUACCCGCUCCCAGGGAACAUGGACAUGGAAGAGGGAGCAUUGGUAGAGCCGGUCGCUGUCGCGGCGCAGAUUACCAAAGUUGGUGACGUGAGGCCCAACCAGACAGUUGUAGUCUUUGGCUGCGGACCCAUUGGUCUGCUCUGCCAAGCUGUGAGCAAGGCAUACUCGGCAAAGAAGGUGAUCGGAGUGGAUAUCAGUCAGUCACGCGCAGACUUUGCCCGCAGCUUCGGCGCGGAUGACGUGUUUGUGCCCCCUGCUAAGCCCGAAGGUAAAGAUGAGGCCGCGUGGAACGAAGAAGUUGCAAAAAUGAUGAAAGAUAAAUUCAAUUUGGGUGAAGGCCCAGAUGUCGUCUUGGAGGCUACUGGAGCCCAGGCAUGCAUCCAGACCGGGGUGUAUCUGACGAAAAAGGGUGGCACCUACGUACAAGCUGGCAUGGGCCGCGAGAAUGUCCUCUUCCCAAUUACCACUGCUUGUAUUCGUGACCUACACAUCCGUGGCUCUAUUCGAUACACGGUUGGCUGCUAUACUACUGCUGUGGACUUGAUCGCUUCUGGCAAGAUUGAUGUCAAGCGGCUCAUCACGAAUCGAUUUAAGUUUGAAGAGGCCGAACAGGCAUUUGAGCUUGUCAGGCAGGGAAAAGAGAGCGUUGUCAAAGUGAUCAUCGAGGGUGUUUCAGCGUGA